GCAUGUGCAAUAGCAAUGAAUCUGCUUUAUGACAUCAUGAUAACUCCCCUAGCUAGCUAGGCCCUACUUGGAAGACAUUUGGUGUUUGUAGCUCUAGCUAGCUGUCUGAAAGAUUUUUAACUUAAGUUCUCUCUUUAUAUUGCAAGCUGUGUAUUAAUAAUGAAGUCUCUAAUGCUGUGGCUGACUCUGUUUGCACUGACCACCUCAGCUGCUACUUCCUCUAUUAGUAGAUCUAUAUCUCCUUCAGCCACUGUGGGUGCCAACAAUGUCACUGCAUCUCCGAGUUCGAGUAUGGUUGCUAACAAUACUUCCAACAUGCCAAUGACCCCCUCGAUGAACAUGAUGACGGUGACCCCCUCGAUGAACAUGACCGUGACCCCCUCGAUGAACAUGAUUGUGACCCCUUCGAUAAACAUGACAGUGAUCCCCUCGAUGAACAAGACAGUGAUCCCCUCGAUGAACACGACAGUGAUCCCCUCGAUGAACACGACAGUGAUCCCCUCGAUGAACAUGACAGUGACCCCCUCGAUCAGCAUGACAGUGACUCCCUCGAUCAGCAUGUCAGUGGCCACUACAUCGAACAUGCCCAAGCCUACCUCCACUCCCACGUCUGCUCCUGCAGUCUCGAGGCCUAACGUUGGAUUGGCUGUUGGUCUAACCUUCCUGUUUGUCUGCAUUGUGGUGAUUGUGGUCGGCAUAUCAGGAUAUUUGAUCUACAGGCGGUGUGGAAAGUACAACUCAUCGUAUGAGUUACUGCCUGCACAACAAUAGACUUUUAGUAGUGUAGGUAGCUAGCUACCUUAAUUGUUGUUUUACCUAAAUUUCAGUUUUAAAAUGCUUUACUGUGAUGUACUUAUAAAAGUGAUACUCCUCAUGAAAUGUCAUCUGUUAUUAUAA